GUUGUGCGUGAGAGUCAGUGUGUUUUACAUAAGUUCAAUGACUGUUACCUGUGGAUCUGCUGAACUUCAAUGAGAAUUUAUUGAUAAAGGGAUCAAAAUCGACACUUUCCCUAGGCUUAUCACACUGGGAGAUCCUGACUGGUCCUUUGUUAAGAUGAAGGUCUCUACAUUGAUGACCUGCACCCUCAGUUCAUCAUUCCUGGGAUUUAUUGGAACUUUGAGUAUGACAAGUUUUUACAGGUGCAACGACUCCAGAUGAAACCACAUCGGCCAGGAAUCUCCUAAUAUCUGUUGAAACUGAACAAGCACCAAAGUUCAGAUUCAAGAUGUUCAUAAACAUGCGUAAGUUUAGAAAAUACCGACACCUAGGGCUAAUCGUAACAUGCUUUACUACCUUCUUCAUAUUGGUGUACUGGGAAAAGCUUGACAAUAAAAUUGUAACCCAUGUCAAAGCCUACACGUACCGCUACCUGUGGAAUAACUUCAAGUUCAUAAAUGCAAGUUUUCGAGUCAGUCCCAUUGAAGCUAUGAAGUACCACAAUUAUACAUACUUGCUAAAUCAAGAUAAGAAAUGUGGUGCAAGAGACAUUCUGCUUCUGCUUUUUGUGAAGAGCUCCUCUGAGAACUUUGAAAGAAGACACGCCAUUCGUUCUACUUGGGGGAAUGAGGUGUACGUGAAAAACAUGUUCGGGGUCACUGUUAAAGUGCUGUUUGUUCUUGGUGUUCAUCCUGAGCCAAAGUGGAGAAAAAUGCUCAAGCAGAAAUUAAUCUUAGAGGACAAAAAAUACAAAGACCUCAUCCAGCAGGACUUCAUAGACACUUUCCACAAUCUUACACUCAAGCUCCUUUUGCAGCUCAGCUGGAAAGAAACCUACUGCCCCCACGCCAAGUUCUUCAUGUCUGCGGACGACGACGUCUUCGUCCACAUACCAAACUUAAUUCGGUACUUGCUGAAGAUCGGCAGCAAGGAUUCAAAAACGCUUUGGAUAGGAAGGGUGCACCGUGGAUCUCCGCCCGACCGGGAUAAAGCAAGCAAAUACUAUGUGUCUCAAGAUAUGUACCCGUGGUUGUCCUACCCGGAUUACACCCCUGGAUCUGGAUACGUCCUCUCUAAGGAUGUGGCUACCAAAAUGUAUCAGGCUUCACGCACCUUAAAUGCUUCCCUUCACAUUGAUGAUGCCUUUCUUGGUAUCUGUGCUACAAUUAUGGGCAUCUCUCCAAAUGACCAUGUGUUCUUUUCUGGAGAGGGAAAAGCUCCUUAUCACUGUUGUAUCUACAACCAGAUGAUGACUUCACAUGGGCACGAAAGUGACAUCUAUAAAGUCUGGAGCAUGGCAACAGAUCCUCAAGUUAGUCAGAUGUCCUCAGGACUUUUUUCGAGACUCUACUGCACCCUUGUGAAAGUGAGGCUGCUAUGUGUGCCAUUUUUUUCAAACUCAUAUCCAUGCAAGGCAGCUUUUUUGUAGUUCAUGACAAUUUACUGUACACAUACCAAGGAAAGCCUUUGGCCUAAGAUUAUGGGAUAUAUUCUAGACCUCCUCUGACCUAACUGUUUCAAAGAAUGGAUGAAUGUAUUGGGCAUCAUGUACAUUAUCACUACUCUCAAAAAAAGACACAUGAAGGUACAAAAGUUGUCACUGGGGGCAGUACCUUACAAAUUGGUACCUCUAAGGUACACGCUUGUACCUCAAACGUACAUAUCUGUACCUAAAUGGUACAAAUUAGGACCUUUUAAAGGUGAAAAAACAGUAUAAUUUGUGUACCCUUUUUUCUGAGAAUGUAGUGGUAAUACUUCUGACCAAACUGUAAUAGUCUUUUAUUACUCUCAAAUCUCUUGCUUGACAAUAAUGCAUUCUGAAAUAACCAAUAACCAAAAAAAUUUUCUCACGCAUCACUGUUUUCUAGUUAAAAUUCUCAGGGUUCCCACACCUUAGUUAACUUCAAAUUCAGGGACCUUUCAAGGACUCUCCAAGUCCAAUACCCUCAAAUUCAAGGACUAAAUGCGGGGACAAAUUUCAAGUGAGAGCAAGGUUACACUGUGUUACCUUUAAAGAUACAUUGUUACAGUUCCCUUUCGAGGGAACUCGUGCUGCGUCACUGCUGUGACAUUUCGGGGACGCCUCCAAGGGUAAGUGCGUUUGAAUGUGUAUAUCAAAUUCAACCAAUGGUGAGACUUCACGACAAAGAUGGGGUGACGCGGGAGCCAGGAAGUAUAUCGCUAUCUGAAAUAUUGCCAAAGAUGGCGUUACAGGGACGCAGGAAGUAUGGCAAGGGAGACGCGGUGCCUCGUUCCCUUCUCAGGGAACAACAGUUACAUACGUAACCAGAGACGUUUUCAUGUGUCAAAUACAACUAUGCAAAAAAAGCAUUUUGGUAUGAAUCAACAUUCGCAUACAGAAGAUUUAAGCAUUUAAAGCAAACAGUUUAGCACGUGUGCUUAAAAAGUGUAGAAUUUGUAUAUUAUUUUAGAUUACACAGGGAAUACUAUGGAUUUUUUUCCUAGACAACUUCUUGCAUAAAAUAGAUUCAAGCACUUUCAAUUACCUGAAUCUAUGAAUGUAUUUUUUUCAAAAACUUCCCAGGGCCUUGACCCCCCACCAGAUUCGCAAACUUUAAAGGAUUUCAACGACUUGUGGGAACCCUGUUUUCUGUAAUAAACUGCACUUUUACAAAUAAAUUGCUUUUAUGAAAACCAUGUGGCGAAGCGGAUCACUCUCAAUUCAGAUUAAAGUUGAAAAAGGACUACAAUAUUUAAGAGGUUGUUUCAGUAGUUUAAAAAGUGCAGUCUGCAUGAAUGGAAAUUAUGACUAACGUCUUACUGAGCAAUAAAAUGUUCACUUACUAGAUACUGGAAUUGAGGCAGACUUGCAUUUAAUGGCUACACUGUCAACUGGGUAUCCAGUUAAAAAAACUGUACUAUGUAAUUAAAAACCCGAUCGCUGGUGAUUCUUACAGGUUUAUGUAACACCUUGCAUUUUAUUUGA